AUGGUGGAAAUUGGUGAAUCUUCAUUCACCUACCUUCAAAUAUUUUAUAUCUUGAAUUACGACAUCCCUCUUCUAAGAUAUAAAAUAUUGUGUUGGGUCCUACCCUUAAUAUUACAUUUGGGUAUUUUAUUAAGAACUAUCUUUAUAUCUAAUCUAAACUUGUAUUUUCCUCUUUUUCAGAUGUGUUACAACAAUGUUGCUUCUAGCUCAAACCCUACCGACUCUUUCUCUCUCAUGAACCUUUCUGGGAGAGUCAUCUUCGAUGGUUCCAAUUUUAUGGAUUGGAUCCAGAACAUCAGGAUGGUCACUCGCUACGAGGAAAAAGAAUAUGUCCUCGAUAAGGAGCUGAAGGAAAUCGAUGAGUCUACUGCUACUCUCCAGGAGAUCGCUGACUUUAGGGCUCAUGAGAGAGAUGCCACAAAAGUGGCAUGUAUCAUGAUGGCUACAAUGACAGUUGAACUCCAAAAGUCCUAUGAGGACUAUUACCCUUUUGAGAUGCACCAAGAAUUGAUGGAAAGAUACUAUCAAAAUGCUCGUCAAGAGUGGUAUAAAAUAAUCUCCUCCAUGAUAACAACCCGGAAGAAGGAUGGUGAACCCAUCACGGGCCACAUGCAGAAAAUGCAAAGGUAUGUGGAUCGUUUGCUGAAAUUGAAUGUGAACUUCCCCGAGAAGUUGGCAAUUGACAUCAUUUUGCACUCCUUACUCUCGUGUUAUGAUCAAUUCCACAUGAACAAGGAGGAAGUUACCCUCAGCAAGCUUCAAGGACUUCUGAAGACCGCUGAAAGUGGUCUUAAAGGUAAGUCAGUUGUUACCACUCCUACUCCUAACUCCGCCCUUGUCUUGGCAAUCAGGAAAGGUAAAGGAAAAAAAAGGAAAACCCCUUCGAAUGGUACCAAGGGAAAGUCCCUUGAUGGAUCCUCUUUAAGUGGAACCAAGAAAGGUUCUAUCACUCCUUCGUCUGACCCAAAAGAGGUUGAAUGCUUCUAUUGCCAUGAAAAGUCGCACUGGAAGUGGAACUGCCCAAAGUACCUGCAAAAUGUUAAGGAUGGGUAAGUGAAACCCAACCAUGCAGUGACUAAGAAGAAGUGAGAAUGUGGAGCAUGGGAAGAUAAACUUAAUCAUGGGGAAUAGGAAAGCUUCACCUAUCACCAAGAUUGGAGUUUAUUCUGUAUUGCUAAGUAGUGGGUUUACAUUAGAUUUGAAUAAAUUUUGUUACUCACCUAAAAUGGUGAGAAAUAUUAUUUCCUUUCAUGGUUUGUACAAACAAGGUUUUACCUUUUCAUUUGAUAAUGAAUGUGGUGGUAUUAAUGCUUUC